AUGUUCGGAACAAUCAAGAACUGGUUCCAGGCAAGCCAAGAGCCCGCCGAGGCCAAGUGGGACGCCAAUGCUGUGACUAUGCAGCAGCCAAGCCGCCCUGCCGGCCCAGCGAUGGAGCAGACUAUCUCAGAGCAGCCGGGUUCUCCUGAGUCGAUGGGUGUUCAUGUGCGCGGUGGUGGCGAGGGUGAGGACGUAUGCUGCGGAGUGUGA